AUGCUUGCUGUUGAUGGGCAUGAUGCCACGGGCGUGGAGUGCCUGUUAUCCAAAGUGCAUGCCAGGUCCAAUGGUGGCUCUGCCACAAGUGACUUGACUCGCGCAUUCGAUGUUGAUGGGAACACACUUCUCCACAGGUGUGCCGCAGGUCCAAGCAGUGUCUCUGAAGAAGGAAAGGAUGGAGAGAAAGUGGUUGAGUUCCUGGUGGCUGCCCGGGCAGAUGUGAACAACAGCAACUUGCUGGGUGAAACACCCUUACUCGCAGCCGCCCGCGGUCGACCAAGCGUUGGUGUUGUAUCGGCUUUGCUGCGUGCUCGGGCGGACCCAAAUCAUCCAGACACCAUUGCAUCUGAGACGGCCUUGAUGGAACUGGCAUGCCAGGGCGAGACAAACUUGUGUCGUCUGCUCCUGGAAAGCCAUGCUGAUGGGUUGCUUCGAAACCGCCACGGACGCAAUGCCAGGGACUUGGCCAUCGAGAAUCGUCACAGCGAGGUCGUGCUCCUUUUCGGCGAGUUUGGCAUCACAGCCGACGCAGCCGGAGCACCUGCUGUCGAUUUGGAUGCGCUCCAGGCAGUGCAGCGGUGUGAUUUGGAAAGGAUGCAAGGCUUGCUUUCUGAUUUGACAGAUCAUGAGUGCCAAAAGCUAUUGACCAGAGGGGUAGAUGAUUCAGGGCGUCAACUCUUACAUAUCGCUGCUAGCAAGGGCAGUGAGGAGGAUGCGGCGGACAUGGCAAGGCUGCUGCUAGACUAUGGUGCCCCCAUGGGUGGUGCAGAUUUUGCUGGUGAAACUCCUUUGUCCUUAGCCGUUGCCGCAUCCUUAGAUGCUGUUUUGCGGGGCACCGUUGAAGGCGAAAAGGGUGCGAGCAAGGAUGGGAGCGCUUGGGCAGCUCUGGACACCAUUCGCGUGCUUCUGGUGGCUGGCGCCAGUCCAAGCGAUGCAAUUGGCUUGUCAUCAUCGACUUCCAAGCUUCGUGAAGCUUUGCAAGAACAUCCUGAAGAUGUUGCAGAUCUGUGCCGCCUGCUGCAAGCCUUUGGAGCUGAGUUCCAGACGGACGCCGAGGACCCGGACGCGGACGCAUCCGAGGAUCGUGACUUCACCGAGGAUCGGGAAUCAGUUCCACCGGAUUUGGAGAAACGACUCGGCUCCUUAGGUGCUAAGGUGGUCAUGGCCUCCUGCAGCAAGUGGCGCCAAAUGAAUGCGAAGCAACUUCGUGCUGAAUGUGCUGAAGUUGGAAUCCCAACCGAUGGGUGUGUGGAGAAGGGCGAGUUGAUUGAGCGACUUCGACAAUUGCGGAUUUGGCAGGCAAUGCCCUUGAGUGUGCUACAAGAGGCUUGCGCUGACCUACUAGGGCAUUUCUCUUUCACUCGCUUUCUUCCUUUCACGCAGGACCUGCUGCUGGUUUCGAUGUACAACGGCCGCAGUCGUCGUGAUCGUAUUCUGGAGAUGUGCAAGAGUAAGAACAUUCCAAUCGAUAAGUUAAGCGAUUUGAACAAGGAAGAACUCAUUCAACGACUGCAUGGUUCUUUAGGUCAGGUGAAAAUGGCGGAGUCACGUUUCAAGAACUUCUUCAACUAUGGAAAUCCAUCACGACCUCAGAGCCAGGGAACCGCAACCAUGCUGGCAUGCCCACCGGUCAACGGCGACAUGCUGGGCCUGGACCUCCUCCUGGCAACCAAGGGGCCGCCUGAUUCGGAGGCCGCGGCCGAUGCUCGAUCACUGGACCCCCCGAUUCGUGAUGACCGAGCAGCUGCACGCUCUGGAAUGGGCUCCAUUGACACUUGGCAGAAAAAGGCGGCUGCAGAGAUCAAGUUUCGCGAGGUCGCCGAAGCCUACGACAAAGUGUGCGAGUACUUGAGGCAGAAAUCCUAA